CCAAAACCACAUGCCUUCAAGACAAUCCUCGUCCCAACAUGCCGCUGUGAGCGAGUGCUAUGACAUGGAGAACAUCAACCUUGGAGAGAAUCUCCACCCCAGGUCCAAAUCCUGGAGGCUGAGGCAAUCUCUGAAGGAAGUUGAGGAGCCGUGCCCAAGGCUUCUUUCCCUCGGUGGUAGAGAAGGCCCAGGACAACAGAUCAAUGGCGACUACGAGCUUGUGGAGGGAGUUCGGCCCCAUGGUCGGCCUUGCUGGCUCCGAAGAGGCAAACCCCUUCUGACCACCAACAGCAACGGCUUGGCAGAGCAUGAUGGUGAUGAACGCCCACUGUACCUGUUCUUCGGCGAGAUGGGCUACUGGAACAUCGCCGGCUCUGUGCUUGCUGCCGGUGUCCAUGUUCUGGCUCGGAGUGGCCCGGACUUUCUGUCACCCUCACCGGACGUGUGUCCAAUGCCAUGGACGGUCUUCGCAUUUGGGAAGGCGACCAAAGAUCCCAGCAUUGUUUGCUUCAGACAUGACAUCUCCAUCAGGGUUCCAGAGGCUGUCCAUGUGACUGGCUGCAGAGGGGACCAUGGCCAGCUCAAUGGAAACUAUCAGCAUUUGCAAGGCGUCCGGAUGGGCAGCCGACCCAUUUUCGUCAAAGAUGGCUUCGGUGCUCGAGGAGAGGAAGAGAGGAAAGUUCUGCACUUCAACCAGCGUGCCGGAAAAUGGUUCAUCUCCAGCGUCAUUUUGAGCGCGUUAGAGGAAGAACAGAUUAGUAGAUCUUCGGGUGAUGGUCCUGAUUUACCUCAGUGGCGAUGUGCUAUGACACUUGCGAGGAGCCCUGUCGCAUGGACUUCCUCGUCACCAGCAAGCUUGCAACCUUGGUCCAUCAUCCAGCAACUUCCGACUCAUUUGCAGUAUGGCAUGACGGAAAGGCGCAGGCUUGCAGAGGAAGAUGUAAACGAGGAUGCAAGCGUCUUUAUUCCAUGGUCCUGGCUUCAAGUCAGCGAAGGCUAUGCACGCAAGGCCACUCGCAGCUUCGGACGCUCUGUGUCUGGUGUGUCUCCAGGUUCUUCUCCGCGCAGUCUGGGAUCGCCACAGAACGAUACCUUUGACGGGGAGACUGCGGAGAUUUGUGGUACAGAGCCAGAGGAGAGCGACUUCGUUCUGUGUCUGAGCUUUCGCCACUUCGAGGGCCUCUCCGAAGCCUUUGGCCUCAGCGGCGACUACGUCCGAUCCGAUCAGCUCUAUGGGGAUCGUCCGGUUUGCAUUAAGGCUCCCUUGCGUCCGCGUGGAGGCAUUCUGGAUGAUGAAAAGUCACAGGAGAAGCAGCUAUUCCUCUUCUAUGAUGAUGAUGACCAGAGUCGACGGUGGAAGGUGGCACCAGAAGUUGGAGCCAAGGGGCUGAGUGUACUGGCUCGGAGUCCAGUUGGCUGGGAUGAGGUCCUUUGGUCCGCCGAUGUUUUGCACAAAGAUCUGGGACCUUGGCAAGUACGUACCUUGGAGCCGGAGAUCAAUGUCUUCCAGAGCAAGCAUGAGAUGGACGAGGACGCGCACUUCGAAGACUGUGACGCCUUGGAGGUGGUGAGUUUGGAAGAUCGAUGUCCUGCAAGGACCGUGUCCUUUUAUCAAGGCUCAGAAGCUGGAGUGCAGGCGGUUGCUGAGCAUCCAUUGGCCGGCGACUUCAGGUUGCUCCGGCAAAGAUAUGGGAAGCGGCCAGUCUAUCGGCGAGCUCCGCUGCAACCUUGCGGUCCCAGGCCGAGCUUGCCUUCGCAGCCUGGACUCUUCCUCUUUUUCGAACCUCGCUCCGGAUAUUGGGUGGUCAGCACAAUCUCUCCACUCGCAGCAAACCAUGCCGUUGCGUCUGCCGGACCAGAUGUGCUAGGGCGUUUCGGUCAGGUCCUGGCAAGAAGCGGUCCAAGUUGGACACCGUUGCUUCCACAGGAUGCGAUGGACUGGGAGGCGGCCGACAGCCAGGUCCCUGGCUUUCAUCACCGGCUCGCCCCUUCGAGAGCGCCUCCAAGUGCUUUACUCUCGGAGCAGCUCGUGGCAACAAAAUGGCUUAGACUCAUGGCGCUGGGGUUCGAUGCCCCACCCUUCUUCCUAUGCAUUGGUGGCUGUGGAAGCAGGGUACAGUCGCUGAAUGGCUCCUAUGAGUUGCUUCCAGAGUCCAUGUGGGCAUCAAGGCCAGCCUGGAAGAAAAUGCGACGAGAGCACGGUGACGAAGAGGAGGACUUCCCCAAGUAUCUUUUCUUUUGGCCGGAGACUGGACAUUGGAUCAUAGGGCCAGAACUUCAUUCUGCUUACACAGGACUGGCUCGCAAUGGCCCUGGCCGCUGGGCAGCCUAUUCCCCCGACCAUUGCCCCGGACGUUGGGCAGCGUUAAAUGGAAGCACCUUCUCUGAAGACCCAAAGAUUUUCUGUCGCAGACAGAAAACUGCCUGGGGAAAUUUGGAUACAUUCGGCCUUUCCAGCAGCCUGUCUCCCUGUCAAAGUCUUGGCCCAAGGGUGAAGGCAAUGCCGCUGUCACCUCGCGCUUGCAGGAGUGCCAUCUUCCAACCCGAGGCGGUCACUUCCAAAGCCUCAAUCCCAGCAGCGGGUAGUCCGUUGCCAAAGAGUGGAGGUGAGGACCGUCGACUUGGAAGCCCAAAACUCUCACCUCGAGAACUGCGGAAGCCUUUUGGCUGGGAGUAGGCUUUCAGAUGCUGACUGGGAAGAAAUGUGAACACUCUUUCACUUCUUUCGGUUCUCCUUUCGGUGUUACUUUACCAGCCACACAUACUAGGGAUCACCGGGUUCAUGUCAGCUGACAUCUGCACACCGAGAUUCGGCCUCAGGAGCAGCGGAUCUCCGAGGUCACCCAGAGAUUGUCAUAGUCCGUGCACAAAGUCUGCACAGCGAGAAGUGAGCCCUUCAAGGAACCUAAGUCCAGUUCGCACGCGGGGCAUUUGUUGGCGGCCGUGAUGUUACGCCGUUUUUGGGCGCGGAGAAGGAGAGGCUCCCACGGUUAGAUGCAGAUGGAC